CAAAAAUAAAGCUGAAUUGGUGUGACUUGAAAAUGCUCCACACGUUCCAGUCCAAAGAGAAAGGCACAGACCAAACACUGGAACACUUGCGGAAUAAAUACAAUACAGUUUUCAGUGAUCAGAUGGGAACAGUAAAAGGCUUCACAGCAAAACUUGUACUAAGAGAUGAUGCAACCCCAAAAUUCUGCAAAGCCAGAUCUGUUCCAUACUCCCUGAGACCAAAGGUGGAAGCGGAAAUCGAUCGCUUGCAGGAUACAGGGAUCCUGACGAAAGUGGACAGAAGCGAAUGGGCCACACCCAUAGUUCCUAUUGUGAAGAAAGACGGGUCUGUUAGAAUGUGUGGGGACUUCAAGGUAACUGUGAAUCCAAUGUUGCAUGUGGACCAAUACCCCCUACCAUGCCUGGAUGACAUCUUUGCUGCACUAGCUGGUGGGAAACACUUCAGUAAAAUCGAUCUGAAACAGGCUUACCUGCAGCUACCGGUUGAAGAGAGUUCCAAACAGUACCUGACAAUAAACACACACAAAGGGCUAUACAGGUAUAACCGCCUGGUGUUUGGCAUUGCAUCAGCCCCAGCCAUUUGGCAACGAACUAUUGACCAGAUUUUGCAAGGAAUCCCAGGAACCCAGUGUAUCCUGGAUGACAUGAUCAUAACAGGACGCACCGACAAAGAGCACCUGGCUAACCUGGAAGAGGUCCUGAAAAGACUGAAAGAGUAUGGUCUACAGGCAAACUUAAAGAAGUGUGAGUUCUUCAAAGACAAGAUUGUCUUCUGUGGACAUGAGAUUGACUGUAAUGGAUUGCACAAAACACAGGACAAAAUCGAGGCAGUGGUACAGGCACCACGACCACAAAAUAUCACAGAAGUGAGAUCUUUCACGGGACUGAUCAAUUACUACAGAAGAUUCCUCCCAAACCUUUCAGCAGUACUCCAGCCUCUAAAUCAGCUCCUGGAAAAGAAUAGGACAUGGCGGUGGACAGAGCAAUGUGAAAAUGCAUUUCUGGAGGCAAAACGGCUCAUAACAUCUGAACAGGUCCUGAUGCAUUACGACCCUGAAAUGCCAGUGAAGUUGGCUUGUGAUGCGUCCCCUUAUGGAUUAGGGGCAGUCCUUUCACACACACUGAAAGAUGGGUCAGAGAGGCCAGUUGCAUUUGCGUCACGAACAUUGAAUGAUGCAGAGAAAAACUACUCACAAAUCGACAAAGAAGCACUGGCACUAGUGUGGGGCGUCAAGAAAUUCCACGCAUACCUAUAUGGCAAGCGUUUCACACUGGUUACAGAUCACCAGCCGUUGCUUUCCAUUUUCAGUCCAAAGAAAGGCAUUCCGGCAAUGACAGCAGCCAGGUUACAGCGAUAUGCCCUGUUCCUUGCCAGUCAUAUGUAUGACAUUGAGUUUAAGCCGUCAUCCCUCCACACAAAUGCAGAUGGAUUAUCCAGACUGCCAUGUACAAGAGAAAGGCAAAGGAGGGUGGAUGCAGUGGACAUGUUCCAUACCGCUCAGCUCGAGGCACUACCGGUCACAAGCACAGUUAUCAAACAUGAGACAAGGAAAGAUGUGACCUUGUCAAAAGUGUACACCUACACCAUGUCAGGAUGGCCAGCUACUGGCAGAAAGGAGCUGACUCCGUAUUUCCAGCGGAGAAACGAAAUUACAACGUACCAGGGAUGUUUGAUGUGGGGAAUGAGAGUCAUGAUACCCCAGAAAUGCCAACAUCGAGUCUUGCAGCAACUACAUGAAGGUCAUGUUGGAAUUGUCAAAAUGAAGCUGCUCGCAAGGAGCCACUUCUGGUGGCCAGGUCUGGACCAACAGAUAGAAAAUAUGGCAAAGAACUGUAGUGGAUGUUUGGAAACCCUUCACAUGCCUGCUCCUGUCCCAGUCCACCCAUGGGAAUGGCCCGCAGAGCCAUGGCAGAGAAUUCAUGUGGACUACGCUGGUCCUUUUGAAAAGCACAUGUUUCUGGUUAUAGUUGAUGCCCAUUCCAAAUGGCCAGAGGUGUUUUGCACUGACUCCUCCACCUCAGCUCAGACGAUAGAGUGUCUCAGAACAACGUUUGCACGUUUCGGUUUGCCACUGCAGCUGGUAAGUGACAACGCGCAAGCUUUUGUAAGUGACGAGUUUACAAGAUUCAUGUCAGUAAAUGGAAUCAAACACUCAACUUCAGCUCCGUACCACCCUGCCACCAAUGGGCUGGCAGAACGCUUUGUGCAAACUCUAAAGCAAGGACUCCGUGCAGCAAAACGAGACGAAGGGACUUUGCAAACAAAACUGACCAAGUUCCUGGCCUCCUACCUAACACCCCACAUGCCACAACAAAUGAAAGCCCAGCCGCACUGAUGUUCGGGAGGCCUCUCCGCACACAGCUGGACAUCAUGAAGCCAAACAGGCGUAAUGAAGUGCUGAACAAACAAGCCAAGAUGCUCUCCGGUGGCCGGGAGCGCCAUCUCCAAACAGGACAGGAAGUGAUGGUGCGAGACUACAGAAGAGGGAAAUGGACAAGAGGGACCGUACACACACAAACGGGACCCAGAACUUACCAGGUUCAAGUGAGCCCAGACAUAAUGUGGCGGCGUCACAUUAACCAAAUGCAUUCCACGGAAAACAGCACAACAAUCGAGAGAGAACAGGCACAGAGAGCUCCCGAGAGUGACACACAAGGAACUGUAGAGGACGGUGGGGCAGUAGAGAGACCCCAGGCUGAAAGAAGGGAACGUGUUGAUGAAGGUGCUGCUAUAGCAGACGCUAUAAUGGAACAAGCACACACUGAGGAUGUUCAGGAGCCUCCAGACAAUCUGAGGCGCUACCCAGAACGAAGGCACCGUCCACCAGACAGACUAGACUUAUAAACAAACAAACAAAAACUAACUGUUCAAGUUCAAAUUAAAAGAUGCAAAAUAACUACAACAAGUUCUGGGAAAUGUUUCAGUUGUGGUUUGGUAAAAGUAAUUCUGAUUGUAUAA